UCCAGCACUGUGAGAGACAGGAAGUCCUCAUACACGGAUCCAACCGGAGACACCUAUCAUUGAGGGUUUCUCCGCAAUAUUUAGAGAUUUUCCCCUUCUUUGUAUUCCAAGCUGAUGAGAUGGAAAACAUGGUGACAGACAGCAGGGAUCAACCACAGACAGAAUUCAUCUACUGCUGUGGAGCUAACACGGAGGUCCUUAAAUUUGGCUCCCGUCAGUUAAAUUCAGGUCACAAACUCCUAUUUCUUGUCAUUCCAGGAAAUCCUGGCAUUGUGGGCUACUACAAAACCUUCAUGCUAACACUUCAUAGCAUGUUUGGGUACCACCACCCAGUGUGGGCUGUAAGUCAUGCAGGUCACUGUGUACCUCCAGACUCCAUGGACAUGGUAGAAGAUGCUUCCUUGGCAGCAGAGCAGGAUGUGUUUGGUCUGAAUGGACAGAUUGAACACAAGCUGGCCUUCCUCAAGAAACAUGUUCCUAGAGAGACUAGCCUGGUCCUAGUUGGGCACUCCAUCGGCUGCUACAUUAUUCUAGAAAUGAUGAAGAGAGACCCUGAACUCAAGGUUCUGAAGGCUGUCAUGCUGUUUCCAACCAUUGAGCGGAUGGUUGAGACCCCUCAGGGGAAGGUCAUGACCCCUGUACUGUGUCAUAUGCGUUAUGUGGCCUACCUGCCAGUCUUCCUGCUCUCUUUGCUGCCUGACAGCCUGAAAGGCAGCCUGAUCAAACUGGUGUUUGGUGGCAUUCGCUCUCUGGACCUCAGUGUAGUCCGACCGACUCUAGGUCUGCUCAGUGGUGACUGUGCAGCCAAUGCUAUGUACAUGGGUGGUCAGGAAAUGAAGAAAGUUCUUGAAAGAGACAACAUAACGAUCAAGAAAAAUCUUGAAAAGCUUAUAUUUUAUUAUGGAGCCACAGACCACUGGUGCCCUGUGCAGUAUUAUCUCGACAUCAAGCAGGACUUCCCACAUGGAGAUAUAAGACUGUGUGAAAAAGGGUUCCGUCAUGCCUUUGUCCUGGAUGCAGGAAGAGACGUCGCCAAAAUGGUGGCAGAAUGGAUCCGUGGAGAUUUAAGGACAUGAGCGCUUUCAUUUAUUGACAUGCUCAUGACAGUGACGAUAUUCUUUUAAAUAAUAGAGAAACAAUAAUGAUUGAAUAUACGUUUCGUUCGGAAUAAAUACAAUAUUCACUUUAAUAUAUAUUAUAUUUGUAUAGGCCUAAUGAUGUAAGUUGAUAUGGAAUUGGAUAGAAAAGAAAAAAAAACUAAAAUCUGACAGCUGAUUUAAAUUGGUGGCUCUGUGUAGAACUUUUGAUUACAGAAAUCAUAGCAAAAUAUAUUGCCUACCAAAUUUAUUAAAACACUAUUGUGUUGUAUUCAUAUCAGCCUCCAAAGAUAAAGUAAGAAACCAUCAACGUUCCAAACUCCCCGUUCCACCUGACCAGCCCCCUCUUCCUCGCUCGGGUCCGCAGACCGCACGGCAGACACCGCGUUGGGGGAAAACGCGGCGAGCGCCCUGUUCCUGGUCCAACCCUCCGGAGGAACCUCCCAGGAAGCAGGGGAGGAGAUUCUGACAUUUUGGGGGGGAUUCGUGUGUUUUGAAAAUGGAAAAUUUUCGAAUAAAACAGUCUUCUUCUGAG